CAAUUUUAAAUCCAGGGGUUUCUCUUGAUAAAUGAGUAUUUUUGCAGAAUGGUAUUACACCAACAGAGAGCAUGGCCUGGAGCCGGGGCUAUGUGAGGGACGGGCAGCUGCUGCUUCCUGGGCGGGGACACAGCUGUGCACUACGCCGCCACUUCCUGACUGUUACCGCCAAACUUUAAACAGCUAGCAGCGUCUCUCCUGCAGCAGCUGUAGCUCUAUCCGAUUGGAUUAACAAGCAAGGUUUAUCAAUCUGCCGAAAAUGUCUUUUACUUCAAAGAGGCGGUGCCCCGAAUCAAUAGAAGACUCUUUGAACGACUCAGUGGAGAAGAGGAUACGUAGGAUAUCAAUUGAGGGGAAUAUUGCGGCGGGCAAAUCUACAUUUGUGCGCCUUUUGGAGCAGGAGAGCGGGGACUGGGAGGUGGUACCAGAGCCGAUCGCCAGAUGGUGCAAUGUCCAAAGAAAAGGCAGUGACUUUGAGGAGCUGACCACCUCUCAGAGGAGUGGAGAGAAUGUGUUGCAGAUGAUGUACGAGAAACCGGAGAGGUGGGCCUACACCUUCCAGAGCUACGCCUGCAUCAGCAGAGUGCGAGCUCAGAUCAGGUCAGCCAAUGGGAAGCUGCGAGAAGCUGAGAACCCUGUGCAGUUCUUCGAGCGCUCCAUCUACAGUGACAGGUACAUCUUUGCAGCCAACCUGUAUGAGAGCGAGUGCCUGAAUGAGACGGAGUGGUCCAUCUAUCAGGACUGGCACGGAUGGCUGCACAGCCAGUUUGGCAAGCACAUCGAGCUGGAUGGUAUCAUCUACCUCAAAGCUGCACCGGAGAAAUGCUUACAGCGGUUGCAUCAGAGAGGCAGAGAAGAAGAGCAAGACAUCCCUCUGGAGUAUCUGGAGAAACUCCACUUCAAGCAUGAGAGCUGGCUGCAGCACAAGACCAUGAAAAUGGAGUUUGAGUAUCUCAAUGACGUGCCAGUUCUGACCAUAGAUGUAAAUGAAGACUUUAAAGGAAAUAACAGCAAGAGGCCUGACAUGAUUGAGAAGGUUAAGGAGUUUUUGAGCACCUUGUAAAAAUCAACUGAUGCUGGAGAUUUUAUUUGGUGCUCAAAAGAGAGAAACUGGAUGGAGUUUUUUUGUAUAGAUGAAAUGCAUCAACGACUUGUAUUUCUAUCCCCUACAAUUAUCCUUUAUGAUCUGACCUGGUGUUUUUAAAACACAUUUUUAUUACUGCUUACUUAUAUUUGUUGUGUAUUUAUAUGUAUAUUUUCUACAAAUGCAUGUAUGUUGGUCCUUUACAAAUGACAAUAAACUUGAGAUAAUCUAAAUAA